AUGACGAUGCAAACUCCCCCUAUUAUCGACAUCCGGCGAUCGAGGUUUGAGGCCUCAAUCCCCGAUCAAGUUAUUGAAGGUCUCACGAAAGAGGUAAAAACCCUCCCGGCUCUUCUUUUCUACAGCACAGAGGGAAUCCAGCACUGGAAUCGGCAUUCCCAUGCUGCCGACUUUUAUCCCCGGCUCGAGGAACUACGUAUCUUGAAGGCCGAGGCUUCGAGGAUGGCAGUGUCUAUAGCCGAGAACAGUCUCGUAGUAGACAUGGGCAGCGCAAGCAUGGACAAGGUGCUCUUGCUGCUUGAUGCACUUGAGGAGCAGAAGAAAUACGUCACAUACUACGCCCUUGAUCUCAGCUACUCCGAGUUGGCGUCAAACCUCCAGGCCAUCCCCUUGGACCGCUUCCAUUACGUCCGCUUUGCUGCUCUCCACGGCACCUUUGACGACGGCCUGCAUUGGCUGAAGAACACGCCUGCAGUUCAAGGGCUUCCUCAUUGCAUUCUUCUCUUUGGAUUGACUAUUGGCAACUACUCACGGGAGAAUGCAGCAAGCUUCCUGCGGAAUAUCGCACAAUCCGCCCUCAGCUCGUUACCCGCGCAGAGUUCUAUCCUUGUAAGCCUCGACAGCUGCAAGUUACCCACCAAGAUAUUACGUGCAUAUACAGCGGAUGGGGUAGUUCCCUUUGCGCUCGCCUCGUUAGGAUACGCCAACUCUUUGUUCCAUCCCAAGGGCAACGGAAAGGUUUUUAAUGAGGGAGACUGGUACUUCCACAGCGAAUGGAACUAUGCUCUGGGGCGACAUGAGGCCUCGCUGAUCACACGGUCCAAGGACGUCCAGCUGGGUACUCCUUUGCAAAACGUCAUCGUGCGUAGAGAUGAAAAGGUUCGCUUUGGGUGCAGCUACAAAUACGAUGGAGAGGAACAGAGACAGCUCUUUUGCUCUGCCGGCUUGCGCAACACAGCUGUUUGGACUGCUCCGGAUUGCGAUGUGGCAUUUUACGAGCUGAAACUGCUUCCGAAUUGA